UAGAAUUUGGAAAUUAGAAUAUUUACUUGAUUUCAUUUAUGCUUUGCAUGCAAACCACUUCUCUACACUUUGACCGCUAGUUAAUAGAUAAUUCACUGAGUAGUCCGUAUCUAGGACUCGAGCUGAUAAGUAAAAUUAAACCCACUAUACUGCAUUCAUGAGUUACGAUCACAGUCAGUGGCGGAGGGAGGUAAGGAGGAGAGGGGUCCUAGGACCCCACUUGGCAAACAAUUGGGCAACAAAACCCUUUAAAUGUAUAGGUUUUAGUACGAUAAUUUAAGUUUAGGACCCCAUAGUCUCAACGAUGUUAGCUCAUCAAGAACCCCGGUUAACUCAAAAUUCACUACGUACACAAGCAUUAGUGUUAGUAAAUUUUUAAGGAUCCCAGUAAACUCGAUGUCUGGCUACACCACUGAUCACACACUUAGGAUGUUGGUAUUUGCGAAUUGCGAGUCAAUAUGCUUGAAAUCCAGCCCCGAGGGAUCAUACCCUGAAGUAUAGGUACCUAUAUCACCGGUGAAAGGUAUAAUAUAAUUGACGGUCGACCGGGUGCAUGCGACACCCCAAAAAGAUGGUCGAAUAUGGAACAAUAAUAACCCAAACAAAUAACCUCAAUAUAAUCUCUAGACGACUCUAUGCCAUCUUUUGGCUUUAUGUUUUUAUUCCAUACAAUCAAAUUACUUCCCUUUCGGCAACGCUAUUUGCUGGACGGAGAAGCUAAUGAUGAUCAGAUGCCGUAAUGUACAUAUUUAUAGCGGCAGAGGCCCCUAACCGAAAAAGAAAUAACAAAGGGAAAGCAUGCAGUUCAUAAUCAGUAGUAAUAUGGAUCUGCGGAAGGCUGUAAUGGCCGUGGUGGUGGUAGUGGCUGGUUACCUAACUGUCGCCGUCGCGCAGCCUGCCCGGCGUUACUGCUCCAGUGUUGUUCCGGAAGAUCCGGUGGCGUACUCUUCCAAUGCGGAGAAGGUGAUGAACAUUUUGGUUACAAGAGCGCCUCCACACCCGGCACAUAUGUUCAAGUCCUGGUAUCCGUACAGAAAAGUAGGUUCUGUUGCCGGUGCCGCCAUUUGUUACCACAACGACGUCGGCAAAUGCAGUGCUUGUCUGAAUAGUCUCAAAGCCUCGCUGGACGGCUGCAAGAUGUCCACCACCGGCGGGUCCUUUAGCGGUGGCUGCAAUAUGCAGUUCUGGAAGAUCGUUGAUUGAAUUGCGCUCUUGCGAACGACUGAUCCAUCCAUCAGCUCGAAAAGUUCAUGUUAGAACGGAUUGGGAAAAAUCGGCAAUGUAAAAAGUUCAUGUAGACAGAUUUACAUGGUUCACUAAAAUAAUAUGUGUUGGCCAGUUCAUUGACAGGAGAGAGACAGAAAACCAUUUCAUUAUACUUGAGCAUAUACAAAUUACAGCAAAACUCGCAUAAUUUCCAAUCGAUAGUAGAUAAUUCGAUUCAAGUCAUAUCAACUGGUAGCUGGAGUUACUGUCUGGAUUGACAAUCUUACGUUACGCACCAUUCCAUGGAUUGGGGUGACUUAAAGCCCAAGUUAAAUAUCCUCUAGUCAGUUUGAUCCAGGGCUUCAUAUUUGUUUUCUGAACUUUACUGUCAUGGAAAAAAUACGAUCCCAGAGGAGUUUGGAAUUAUCUAUGGACUGCCCGGUAGAACGUACGGGCUCAGUAGAAUGUGACUUCGUGACCAGUACUCCUACGAGAGCGCUAAACAUCCCCUUAGUAUUACUGGAAGUUCAAAUGGUCGACUGGAUGGUCAAGGGGAGUCCUCGUGGCAAAUGGAAGCUCAACAGAUUUCUCGUUUUAUCAAGCGGUUUUAUUAUAAUUAAUAAUUUUUUUUAUCUUCUCUUUUAUUUUAUUUUUAAAAAAGAUUUUUCACCUCUUUCUUGAAACAUUCCGAACCUUUUUUCCAACCAAGAUAUUAUCCACUUUGGACAUAGAUCUUUAUGGUUUUUAAUUUACUUGGUAUGCAUAUCAAGUUGACUGCUAAUAAGGUCACCCAUUCUUGCAGUCUGCAGCAAGCACGUUUAACUUUUGAAUUCUCACAAAAGAACUUCAUUUCACACCAAAGAACGCAUCUUGUCGUUUACGAUUAAUUUCUUACUUAUAAACCAUGGAUCUCUCACGUGAUUUAUCAAUGUGUGAUUCGCUCAAAGUGUUACAUACCCCCCCCCCCCCCUCUUAAGACUCAACGUCCUCGUUGAAGUUUGGCCCACCAUCACACCAUCAUUCAAGAGGGGCACAUAGAGGUUUUGAUUCCACUUGUAACAUCUCGAACCUUUUUUACAUAAAGAUAUUGUCCACUUUAGACAGAGACCCUCACGAUUUUUUACUUGGGAUGCAUAUCAAGGUGACUUAUCAUAAGGUCACUCAUCUUUGCAAUGCUCGACAACAUUCUGUUAGAAUCCUGAGGUUCUCAAUUGUGAAACACAUGAUCACAUGAUCAUGUGCAAAUUUCAACCCUUCUAAGUUGCUUUCAUUUUUGUUUUCUGGCGUGGAAAAUCUGGUGUUUGAACACAAUGAAUGCACCUUUGACUUCUUGAACAACGAUAAUUACACGGUUCACUCCUCUCCGAACAAUGUUCGAACGAGGGUGUUUGAUGUUUUUGAUGGUUUUUUUGGGAACAAGCUAAGUUACGUUACUCUACUCCUAUGGACGUUCAAUGAGAGCUCCGAAAAACUAAAAGGUAAGUUGCAGAGAAAAGAUAAAUUUUGACAUUGUGCGUCAAAUGUUUGGUUGUGGAACCUUGCUUCGUCUUCGUUUCCCCUAUUUAUAGCCAUCACUCAUAACUGUCUCUAGGUAACCGCUGCUCUGCUUGGUGCUUGGCAUAGCUUGCUUGAUCCCUUGACUGUCUUGCGUGCUUGCCACUUGAUACCUUGCACCUUGAUGACUUCACUUGAUAGCUAGCCCCUUUGUGCCAUAGAGGUGUCUUGCUUGGCGAGUAAGGGCUUCACGCUUGGUGGUACUCAUGCUAAGCACACUGACAUGACGUCAUGCUUGAUAUUUUGAUGCUUGGGGGUUGAUGGAUGCACACUGACCCCCUUGGGGUGCCAUCAUGCUUGCAGGAUCGUGACAAGGUGGUCUACCAUGUGAUGAUAUACAUGGCUGACACUUAGAAAUUUAAUGACCUUGUAUACUAUGUACCAUGCAUAACUACCCAUGAGGCAUAACAUGUCUGCUACUUGUGAUGAUAUCCUUGCACGACACCCAUGGCUUGACCCACUUUGCAUGACAUCAUGCUUGACAUAAUGCUUGAAUUGGGUGACUGACGUUGAAGGUACGCUUGGCGCUUGACCUCUCUUGCAUUACGGCAGAAUCAAAGUGAGUUCUGCUCCAAGUAUUGGAUCUCUUGUCUCCCCCCUUGCUGUUGGGUCUACAUACUUAACCAAUUUUCAUGUGUCCCCCCUGUUGCCAUGGAAUUUCAUACUUAGCCAAAUUUAACCAUUGACUCAAGACUUAGCCAGAUUUCAUGUAUGGAUACCAGAGCAAAUUUCAUACCACGAGGGUGGAGGCAUUGUCCGGCUAUGGCCGCGGGCAACCGCUAGGCCAGGGAUAGGGGGCUUGGCCACUUAGGCCCAAAAACCUAAUAAGACCCAGCUAGCUCAUUUAAUGAUUAAUGUUGAGCUGGGCUUAUAAAUCCAUGAAAUCCCUUAUAAUUAAUCGAUGUGGUAUGAGAUUUAUUUUUAGGUGUAAACAAUUUGAAAUCCAUUAUUAAACUUUUUACAACAAUUUGUGUUAUUUAAACCAUCUGGGUCUUACUAGAAUUAAUUAAUUUACAUUUUAACA